AGAGAGAGAGAGAGAGAGAGAGAGAGAGAGAGAGGAAUAGUAGCGCACAUGCAGUCUGAAACAUAGAUUAUUAUUCUCGCAUCCCUUCCAGUCUCUUGAGAGACGCGCUGUGAAAACUAGGACAUUUGGAUCACAUCUCUGCCCGAAUCAACUUUAUAACCUUUGCGCAAAAUGGAAUCGCUGUGUUUUGCCGUGUCGAUCUUCUGGUUUGUGCUUGUCGGGGGGAACAGAUCGGCCAGGGCCAUGCUGAGUGAUAUAGGGGACUAUGUGGGCACAGACAUUGAAAUCUCAUGGUUGCCUAAUCUCGAUGAUUUAAUGAAAGGCUAUGCUCGAAACUUUCGUCCAGGGAUCGGAGGACCACCUGUGAAUGUCGCCAUGGCUAUUGAAGUAGCCAGCAUUGAUCAUAUCUCAGAGGCCAACAUGGAGUACACCAUGACAGUAUUUCUGCGGCAGAGCUGGAGAGACGACCGUCUUUCCUACAACCACACAAACAAAACUCUGGGUCUGGACAGCCGCUUUGUAGAUAAACUCUGGGUACCAGACACAUUCAUCGUGAAUGCCAAAUACGCCUGGUUUCACGAUGUCACAGUGGAGAACAAGCUCAUACGGCUGCAGCCUGAUGGAGUCAUUCUGUACAGCAGCAGAAUUACAUCUACAGUGGCCUGUGACAUGGACCUUACCAAGUAUCCCAUGGAUGAACAGGAAUGCAUGCUGGACCUGGAGAGCUUUGGUCCUGUACCCAACUCGUCUGCCCCAGCCCAGCUUCAGUGGGCUCCAAGUCUGGACUGUGUUUUUUCCCUGCGGGACGGCUACUCUUCAGAGGACAUUGUAUAUCACUGGUCAGACAGUCAGAAAAUUAUCCACGGCCUGGACAAACUGGAGCUGUCGCAGUUCACCAUCACAGAUUACCGCUUCGUCACAGAGAUGAUGAACUUUAAAUCUGCGGGGCGAUUUCCACGACUCAGCUUACGUUUCCAGCUGAGGCGUAACCGAGGAGUUUACAUCAUCCAGUCCUACAUGCCCUCCAUCUUAUUGGUUGCCAUGUCAUGGGUCUCUUUCUGGAUCAGCCAAUCAGCUGUGCCUGCAAGAGUGUCUUUAGGUAUCACCACGGUGCUCACCAUGACAACGCUAAUGGUCAGCGCUCGUUCGUCGUUGCCGCGUGCCUCUGCAAUUAAAGCUCUGGAUGUGUAUUUCUGGAUCUGCUAUGUCUUUGUAUUUGCUGCCUUGAUCGAGUAUGCCUUUGCUCACUAUAAUGCAGACUACAGCAAGAAGGAGAAAGCCAAAGUCAAGACAAACAAGAGUUCAGAGUCUAUGGUGAAGAAUGGAAAGCAGUCCAUGGUUCUGUUCUCUUUGUCUGUGGCUGGCAUGAACCAGGGCCUCGUGAUCUCAAACAGGCAGAAUCGAGCCCAGCGCUCCACCGAGACUCCUGCAGAAGCACCGGAGGAGAGUGAGGUGCGUGCCUCUCAGUCCCGUCGAGCUCAGAAGGAAAACAGCGAGGAGAAGAAAUGCUGCAAGUGUAAACCCAUCGAUGCGGAUACCAUCGAUAUCUAUGCUCGUGCUGUCUUCCCCUUCACCUUCGCUGUGGUCAAUGUCAUCUACUGGGUGGCAUACACAAUGUGAAUGAGCUCUGCAUGUAUAUCCAUCCAUAGACUGACGUGCCACCAAAUGAGAUUACGACGAUACGGGAAUAUACUGUAUCAUCAUUAUUUAACUGGAACAUUUAUUAGUGCUGUCUAUUAAGUAUUCAUAGGUUUUUGUAAUGGAAGUGUGUUUCUAGCACAUGUAUAUUUUUGUGCAUUUGCAUAGACGAGAAACAUAUACAGUAAUAUCAGUCUGCUGACAGCACGACACGUUAGCCCUUUUACGUAUGAACAACUUUGGAGACUUACAAAUGUUAACAAAUAGUUUGAGGUUCAUAGAAGAUUGAGUUCAUAGGUAGAUUUAAUAAUUCAGUGUGAUUAUGUACAGUAUAUAUGUGUAUAUAUAUAUAUAUAUAUAUAUAUAUAUAUAUAUAUAUAUAUUGACCUGUUUCAUGUGACAUCACUGUAUGACCACACCGCCGUGUGUUUGUGACCAAUAUUCCACAUACCUUCAUUGUUUUGCGCUGUGAGAUGCGACAAAAACCUUCUUUAGGAGUUAAAAGAAGCUCUUGCAUUCACACAGACAGGAUCAUCGGAGACUUUUUUAAAUACUGUGAAUAAAUCAGAUCAGAAAACAACACAAAAACAUUUGUAACUUCUGAAUGAGAGAUUUUUACGAUCACUUUUGGUGUAAAAAGAUCAAUAUUUAAGUAUUUCACACAGGCAUACUGAUGCUGACCAGAAACUGUGGUUUAUAGUUGAAAAGUACUUAAAUAUUGAUCUGAAUAUUGAAGUGAACACAUGAAUUUAACCGCUGGAGUCGUGUGGAUAACGUUUAUGCUGACUGUCUGGGAUUUUUGGAGAUUUUUUGGGGGGAUUUUCAAAAGUCGGAUCACCUUCCACUUGCAUUUUAAAGACCUACUGAGCUGAUCUAAUUCUCUUCAAAUGUGUUCUGCUGAAGAAAGAAAGUCAAACACACCUGCAAUAUCAUGAGGGUGAGUAAAUAAUGAGAGAAUUUUAAUUUUUGGGUGAACUGUCCCUUCAGGCUUUGUAUGUCCCUAAAGAUGUACAUUAGCCUACUUUUAACAUGUUGAUAUGUUAAUAAUAUGUUUCAGUAUCUAUACAAACGUACAAUAAUGCUCAUGUAAAUGUAACAGACAAAUACCUACAAAUGCAAAAUAGAUCCCCCUGCAUUUGUUUAUAUAAUGAAAUGCUUAUCCACUGAAGUAGACUUUAGAAUACAUUGAAUGCAUUACAUUAAGUCAUGUUGUUUUUGGGGAGUAUGACUGACACAUACUUCUACAUAUUUAUAAAGACACUUUGUUGCUUUAAAAAGACAUUCUGCUAUUUGCAUUAAUUCUUUUAUUUGCCCUUCAGGCCAGAAAUACUCUGCACAAGUACAUGAGCACAGACGCCAGUUCUCGGCCUAUGCAUUGCAACACUGAACAUAUUUGACGUGCAUUCUAGCAUUAUUGUAGUGGCAGUAAACAUCAGUACUCAACUGGGCAGUCUGUGCCAUUCAUCUGAACAUGUUAUUAUUAUUGAGAUGUAAACAACAACAAUAAAGUGUAAACAGUUUAACUGCUCAGCAAGAUUCUCUCCAGUCGGUUGACAGUAGUUGACUUGAGAGAGAGAACUGUUGCCACAACACUGAGAAUGCAGCAGGUAUAAUUUUCAUUAUACUUGUGUCCGGUUAUGAAUUUUAGAUCCUUUCGGAUCGCAACGACAUAUGAAAUUAAGCAGACGUUACCAGAAGCAUCUGCUUUCAUGUGCAUGCCAAGAGUACUUUUGGGGCCUUAAUUUAUUUAUCGUAUUUCAUUUUCAUUUCAUUUGCACCGGAGUCCCUUUUGGUGCUGGUAUGAAACAGAACUUUAUAACCCCUACCUUCUCCAUCACUAAAUAUAAAGCUGAAAAUUUCAAGUGUUUUUUUUUUCCCUGUUAAUGGGAAGUCUUAAAAUGUAUAGGCGUAUGUUCUGGAACGACAAGAGGGAGAGUAAAUAAUGACUGAAUUUUCAUUUUUGGUUGAACUAUUCCUUUAACAUAAUAAAGUUGUACACUUUUAUGGUGGAAUUAUCAUCAAAACUCAACAAGUGUGAAUCGCAUUCGCAGAAACAGUGUCAAGACCAGUGUUGAGCUUCAUGCAUGAAAACAAACAAACGCUCUCUGAUCUACAACCAGUCAGGUGUUUUUGUAGUGUAUUCUUUCAAACACAAAUGCAUCUGUAUGUAAUUUAUAAAAACAAAUAGAUAUGAAAUAUAAACCGACAAAACGUAAAAGGCUAAAAUAUUGGCAUUAAUUAUUCACGAAACAUUGUGUUUUAAUAGCUGAUUUUGUACACGUGUUCGACCAGCAGAUGUCUCCAGUCAAUCAUGUUCACUUCAUUAGAAAAUAAACCUUAUUUGCACACUCACUAGUUGUGUCCACUAUCAGUGUGUAACGGUGUAUAUACGUUCAUUACAGGAGAACUGAAAUGCACAAUGUCAUUUCUAUCCCAUCUCAGUUUAUGUAUGGUAUUGUGUUUGAUAACAUUAUGUGGUGGAAAUGAAGUUUUAAACGUGUUGUAAUCAAAUGACAGGCUCUGUUGCCUUGCUAAGGCCACUUUCAUAGCUAGCUUUUCAUGUAGCCUAGCCUAAAUAGAUUUAGGAUUUUCAAUUUUCAAAAAAAUAAAUACAGAUUCUUGUAUAAAAUAGCUUGAUCGGAAAUUACUCUAAUAAAAACCUUUGUAUAAAUGUUUGAUAAGAAAAUAUAGCUACCCCCUAAAAAGCGCCCGUUAUUGAAGAAAGACCUGCACUAAUGAUUGUGGAUUUAAAUAUAUAUAUAUAUUUCCCCCCAACGAAAUACAAAAUCAGUACACAAACAAAACAAAUGCAAACACAUAUUAGUGUCAACAUGUCCAAUCUAUACCGGAAGGUUCUGCACUAAAAUAAUAAUAUAAA